GUCCCGCCUUCCACGUCUGUCCGCCUGCUCCUUUCAGGCGGGUACUGCUGAGUCAACACCGUUCAAGCCAGCCCAUCCAUAAUCGAUGCUUCUCUUACAACUAUGACGCAAGCCACCCCGAGCGCGGCACCGCCCAAGAAGCGCUCACUCUUCAAGCGCCCAGCCUGGCAAGACUCUCCGAAAGACGACGACGCCGACAUCUUCAGCCACUCGAAUGAGUUUGCCGACAUCAUCGCCGACGAGGCCAGGCGGCGCGCAGAGGAAAAAAAGCAGGAAGAGACCCGCCGUACACGCAAGCACUCGCAGCCACGAGACAGUAAACGUCGGCGCACGUCCAAUCCAGACGACAAGAAGGCUACUGCAAGCUCGACACUGAAGACAUCCCCCAAACGCAACAAAACACCCCUCUCGCCUCUCCCAGUACAAUCGCCGCCGGCCUCGCUCGCUGCCCGCUACGACUCGCUAGCAACGUCCAAUUCCUCAGCCGUCUCGCUGCCACAUAAGGACUCGCUCGUUAUUGAGCUGGGUGAUUCGGAAGAUGACUCGCACAAUGUUCACAAGUCUCCCGCGCCAGUCGCUGCCAGCCAUACACAAAAUGUGGCUGUUCGCCGGUCAAAACCGUCGCCAGUGGUUAUUUUAGACGACGAUGACGAAGACGAGGCAGAGGACGAAGAGGACUCUAUGUUUGCUGCAUUGAGGGCAAGAGCGCGAGCGCGCAUUGCAGCAAAGGCCGCUGCAUCGUCAGCACAAGGCAGUGACGCCCCCAAAGCCCCAAUCACCCAGCUCCUCAUUACUUCGCGCAUCCCGAACACAAACCCCCUCAUGGUCAAGAUCAGAGUCGACACGUUUAUCGAGAAGCCACGCAAGGCAUGGUGCGCAAAACAAGGCCUUUCGCAAAGAGACACAGACAAUGUUUUUUUUACAUGGAAGGGUACACGUAUAUACGACAGCACGUCCAUCACACGUUUGGGUAUUACAGUUGACGAAAACGGCCAUGUUACAAUUGAAGGGGACACCAACAUUUACGAUGACGUCAACCUCCCCAAGAUCCAUGUCGAAGCCUGGACCAACGAACUUUAUAAAGAGUACAAGAAGGAGGAGGCUGCAGCAGCAGCGGCUAAAAUGCUUGCUGCUGAAGCCCCUGUCGUGGUCGAAGAAAGGACUCCCACUCCGGAACCCACUCCCGUGUCCACAAAACUACGGGUCAUCUUGCGUGCCAAGGGCAGAGCAGACUUUGGCUUGACAGUGAACCCACACACUACAAUUGCCCAUAUUGCAAGCGCAUACAAAUCCCAAACUGGUAUUGACAAAAGCCAACCAAUCACACUCAUGUUUGACGGCGACCGACUUAUGCCCAUGGACACCGUGGCCGACUACGAGAUGGAGGACAGGGAUGGAAUUGAAGUCCUGUUCAAGUGAACAUGUCCCCACUUUUUUUUUUACAGCAGUGGUCGUUUGCUCUGUACUGGCAUCGUCGUUUUUUUGAUUUCUUGAUAUGAAUGCUAGCGUGGCGUUGGGGGCGCAUCAACGUUCGAACCACGUGUGCUUUGUCAAUUUGAUCUGAAUAUUCCUUGAAAUGGACCUGGAGCAUCUUUAAUGCAUCGAAUAACAGCCAUGGCUGUGAAUAUAACCAUUUGUCUUUUGAUUGAACAACUCAGAUAUUAGGAUUCUUUCUCCUGUUGGCACCUCCAUCAAGAAUCAACUCUUGACCGCUCAAAAAGCCUGCUCCCAUAACAUACUCGACCAUCUCCGCAAGAUCCUCUCCUCUUCCCACCCGGCCAGCAGGAUGCUGCUUAUGGUACAACUCAUCCAGAUCAUCGGCCCACGCCAUCAUCCUCAGCUUCUGCGCCGACUCUUCAUGCGGCGCAACAUCUUUGUACGCGCCAUU